AAAAAAAAUCCGGAUCAUCAGUAUCCUCGCUUUGCGUGCCACGCUCCUUACAUUUCUAUCAUUUUCUUUUCCAUUAUAUAGUUUUUAUUCAUUUUUCUGAGGAAAAAAAAACGCAAUAAGAAGAAGGAAAAAAAAAAAAAGAAAAAAAAAUAGAGUCGUUCUCUUCUCCUUUGUGUCUAAGCUCUGAGUUUAAGCUUUCGCGUUAAUGGAUUCAGCUCCUGCUCAACGUCGUCUCAAAGCCAUCCACGGUCACCUAGUCUCCGCCGCGGAUUCUCCCACCGCCCACCUCUGUCAGAACCCCACCGCCGGCGAGUUCUUCUCUGAACAGGGGUACAGUGUUGUAUUACCAGAGAAAUUGCGGACAGGAAAGUGGAAUGUGUAUAGAUCCUCACGUUCUCCUCUCAAGCUAGUGAGCAGAUUCCCUGAUCAUCCUGAAAUUAGUACACUGCAUGAUAAUUUCGUGCGUUCAGUUGACACUUUUCGAGACUAUAAGUAUCUGGGAACCCGAAACCGUGUUGAUGGAACAGUUGGGGAGUACAAGUGGAUGACUUUUGGAGAAGCAGGUACUGCACGGUCAGCUAUAGGCUCUGGUUUGAUUUAUUAUGGAAUUCCAAAGGGAGCUUGCGUUGGCAUAUACUUUAUUAAUAGACCGGAGUGGCUCAUUGUUGACCAUGCUUGCGCUGCAUAUUCAUACAUAUCAGUGCCUUUAUAUGAUACUCUUGGUCCUGAUGCUGUCAGGUAUAUUGUUAAUCAUGCUGCUGUGCAAGUAAUAUUUUGUGUGUCUCAAACAUUAAAUUCGUUGCUGAGCUUCUUGUCAGAGAUUCCAAGUGUACGACUAAUUGUGGUAGGUAUUAUAUACGAUUAAUUUUUCUGUUAAAUUAAAUCUGCAUUGUUUAUCCAUGUUGUUACCACUUGCCUUUUUCUGCCUUGGAUGUAGGGAAGCAGUAAUCUUCAGCCCUUUAGCCCACCAAAACCUGAUGAUGUUGCAACUAUUUGCUAUACAAGUGGUACAACUGGAACCCCAAAGGGGGCUGUCUUGACCCAUGCAAACUUCAUUGCAAAUGUUGCUGGGACCACUAUGGAUGAAAAAUUUGGCCCUUCUGAUGUUUAUAUAUCAUAUCUCCCUUUAGCACACAUUUAUGAGCGGACAAACCAAGUCAUGAUAGUACAUUUUGGCAUUGCAGUGGGAUUCUACCAGGGGGAUAAUUUGAAACUAAUGGAUGAUCUAGCUGCUCUCAGGCCUACUAUCUUCUGCAGUGUCCCUCGGUUGUAUAAUAGAAUAUAUGCUGGUAUUCUUAAUGCUGUUAAAACAUCUGGUGUUCUGAGGGAGAGGCUAUUUAAUGCUGCAUAUAAUGCUAAAAGGCAAGCAUUAUUGAAUGGUAAGAACCCUUCUCCAAUGUGGGACAGAUUAGUUUUCAACAAGAUAAAGGCAAAGCUUGGAGGACGAGUUCGCCUUAUGGUAUCGGGUGCCUCACCUUUAUCACCUGAUAUCAUGGAGUUUCUAAAGAUUUGCUUUGGUGGUCGGGUGACUGAAGGAUAUGGAAUGACUGAGACUUCUUGCGUUAUAAGCUGUAUUGAUGAAGGCGACAACCUUGGUGGUCAUGUUGGAUCUCCCAAUCCAGCCUGUGAGGUAAAACUCGUGGAUGUGCCAGAAAUGAACUAUACAUCUGAUGAUCAGCCCUAUCCGCGUGGUGAAAUUUGUGUUAGGGGUCCAAUUAUUUUUCAAGGUUAUUACAAAGAUGAAGCUCAGACGAGGGAAGUCAUUGAUGAAGAGGGGUGGCUCCAUACUGGAGAUAUUGGGACAUGGUUACCUGGAGGUCGUCUCAAAAUUAUUGAUAGGAAGAAGAAUAUCUUUAAGUUGGCACAAGGCGAGUACAUUGCACCAGAGAAGAUUGAAAACGUAUAUGUCAAAUGCAAGUUUGUUGCUCAGUGCUUUGUAUAUGGUGAUAGCCUAAACUCUUCUUUGGUAGCUGUUGUCGCGGUGGAUCCUGAUGUAUUGAAAGCAUGGGCUGCUUCGGAAGGCAUCACGUAUAAUGAUAUAUCACAACUUUGUAAUGAUCCAAGAGCGAGGGCUGCUGUCUUGGCGGACAUGGAUGCUGUCGGACAAGAAGCUCAACUUAGAGGUUUUGAAUUUGUAAAAGCUGUGACUUUGGUGCCUGAACCAUUCACAAUGGAGAACGAUCUGCUGACUCCUACAUUCAAGAUUAAGAGACCUCAAGCGAAGGAGUACUUUGCAAAAGCAAUAUCUGAUAUGUACAGUGAGCUCUCCAAAACUGAUCCUAAUCAGAAGACAUUGUGAUGCUGAAGGCCCUAUAGUAGACAAAAGAAGACGCAUCAUCAAGUGGCCCUCAUCAGAAGCUUCCUCAAGCAUUACCCUCAUAAAAAUAUCGUAUCUUGGAGGAUGACAUUUUAGACGCAUCUUAUAAGAAAGAUCCCAAGGAUACUUCUGUACUGGUAUCGUCUCAAAUAAUAAUGCCCAAAUCAGAUGAACAUUCAUAGUUUUCUUUUUGUCCUUUUCUUUUGAUAAAUGAACAUUCAUAGUAUUCACUCUAUCCAUCUAGUGGAAUAUACAAAUGGAACAAGGCUUAAUUGUUGAUGUAUUUACUUACUGUUCUUUCGGCAUUAUUAUUUUUUACAAUAAGAUAUUAAGAUGCGUUAUUUUUAUUUUUUA